GUUCAUUGUGGCCCAAGCGCAUCUGCAUGGCGGCUGCAGUUGGACAUCAAACCCAGUUUAGCGGUUCAUCGCAAGUUUCCGCAGCUGUUGUUUUAUGCAUUUGCAUCUUUUAGGCCUAUCAUGUUUGGAUGGAGUAAAUAGCCAUCUGUAGUCUCUCUGAAGUUGUAGCUCCUUCCAAAGCUUGUGAGACACUAACAUGGAGCAGGUGGAGCAUCUCAGGUCUGAGAGCCCUCAGCUGGAGUCUAUAAGGUCAGAGGUCUCUGAAGGGCAGGUGGAUGAAGGAAGCAGUGGCACUGGCACUCGAAGGAAGAGGAGAAAGCGAGAACACCGGCCGGAGUCCAUCAUCGUCUACCGCUCUGAUCCAGACAGAGCCGCUGGUGAAGACCAUGGAGGAGAUAGUGAGUGUGGAGAGAGGAACUCUGAAGAGGGAGCUACAUUUCUGAACAACCCCAGCAGUGAAGGUUGGGCUGUGCCUCCAGACAGCCGCUACGUGACACUCACGGGGACCAUCACACGUGGAAAGAAGAAAGGUCAGAUGGUGGACAUUCACGUCACGCUCACAGAGAGAGAGCUGCAAGAAAUGGCCAGGUCAAAGGAGCGUCUGGAUGCCGAAUGCGACGCUCGUGAGGGAUCGAGCCGCUUGUGCGGUUUCGGGCUUUCUCAGGGUCCCCACGUUGUCCUGUGGAGCCUCUCCUGUGCUCCUGUCGUCUUCGUCCUGUCCUUCAUCACCUCAUUUUACUACGGUACUCUCACUUGGUACAAUAUAUUCCUGGUGUACAACGAGGAGCGGACGUUCUGCCAUAAAAUCACGGUCUGUCCGUUCCUCAUCAUCUUCUACCCCGUGCUCAUCGUGGCGCUUUCGCUGUCGCUGGGCUUGUAUUCGGCUGUCGUUCAGGUGUCCUGGGCCUUCAGCGAAUGGUGGCUGUCGGUCAGGGAUCUGGAGAAGGGUUUCUGCGGAUGGGCUUGUGGGAAGCUCGGACUGGAGGACUGUUCUCCGUACAGCGUAGUCGAGCUGCUGGACUCAGACACUAUUUCUGGGAGUCUGCAGGGAAAGUCACUGCAAACAUCCUCGGUGUGAAUGGAAGUCAUUUGAGAUUUUCUCCAAUGAUUACACAGCCCUGCAUCUACUGCCGAGUUGCCAAAAAUGCCUAGUAUUAGCUAACUUGAUGAUGCUGAGUUCAAAAACAAACAAUAUCAACUUUUUAGUUUUUUCACAAUAAGACCAUAUUUGGCCCGAGAUACAACUAUUUGAAAAUCUGGAAUCUGAGGGUGCAAAAAAAUCAAAAUAUUGAGAAAAUCACUGUUAAAGUUGUCCAAAUGAAGUUCUUAGCAAUGCAUAUUACUAAACAAAAAUUAAGUUUUGAUAUUUACAGUAGGAAAUGUACAAAAUAUCUUCAUGAAACAUGAUGUUUACUUAAUAUCCUAAUGAUUUUUGGCAUAAAAGAAAAACGAUCAUUUUGACCCAUACAGUGUAUUUUUGCCUAUUGCUUCAAAUAUACCCGUGCUACUUAUGAGUGGUUUUGUGAUCCAGGGUCACAUAUAUGUAACAGCUUUAAUGCACUUAUUAAAAUUAUAUAAUCCAUCAGAUGUUUCACUUUUAAAGUAAUACUUCACCUAAAACUGAAAUUUGCUGAAAAUGUCCUUACUUUCAGGCCAUCUAAAAUGUGGAUGAGCUUGUUUCUUCAUUAGAUUUGGAGAAUGUAGCAUUACAUCACUUGCUCACCAAUGGAUCCUCUGCAGUGAAUGGGUUCCGUCAGAACAAGAGUCCAAAGAGCUGAUAAAAACAUCACAAUAAUCCACAAGUAAUCCACACCACUCCAGUCCAUCAAUUAACAUCUUGAGAAGCCAAAAGCAUUCAUUAAGGCGUUUUAACUUUAAACUAUUGUUUCUGGCUAAAAUGUGACACUGAACCACAAAACCAGUCAUAAGGGUCAAUUUUUUUAAAUUGUUUGUACUUGAUGAAUAAAUAAGCUUUCCACUGAUAUAUGGUUUGUUAGGACAGGACAAUAUUUGGUCGAAAUACAACUAUUUGAAAAUCUGGAAUCUGAGGGUGCAAGAAAAAUCGAAAUAUUGAGAAAAUCGCUUCACUUAAUAUCUUAAUGAUUUUUGGCAUAAAAGAAAAAGCGAUACUUUUGACCUAUACAAUGUAUUGUUGGCUAUUGCUACAAAUAUACCCAUUCUACUUAAGACUGGUUUUGUGGUCCAGAGUCACAAAUAUGAGUCCAUAACCAAUACUGAUGCUUCCUCCAGUAAGAGAGUCCAUCUCCUGUUGUUUCUCACAGUCCACCCACAUAUUUGUUUAGAGCUGGGUUUGGCUUGUACUCGUGCUUGAUCUGAACAUAUUUCUUUCCUCAUUGAGACCAGAUGACUUUUUCACUGGAGAAAGCAAUAGUAUGCAUUGCAGACUCGAAUAUUGUGGUGUUUUUAUCAGCUGUUCUGACUCUCAUUCUGACGGCACCCAUUCACUGCAGAGGAUCCAUUGCUGAGUAAGUGAUGUAAUGCUGCAUUUCUCCAAAUCUCUUUCCAAGGAGUGGAAAGUUUGCUCAAAUUCUCUAGAAUUUUACAAAAUAACCAAAAUCUUUAAGUUUCUGUGGCUGUUUGGAUGUAGUUAAACACACACAGAUGUAGCAAAAAAACAUCUGGGUCAUGUUUGCAUUUUCUUCUCUUUCUGGCUAUAAUUCUAGCCUUGAAAUCAGAAUUAGGUAUAAAAUAAUGUCAUGUGAAUAGUUGUAAUUUGGCUGAAAGGAAGACAGGAAUGAUGCCUUUGUGCAGUUUUGAAGUAAGGGAUAAUACAGGACUUUAUGAAAGCAAAAAUGCUAUGAAAUGCAUCAUAUUUUGAGGAAAAAGUGUGAUGUUCUUCAGCAUAACAGGUAGUAUUGGAUUUGAUUCAGCAGAUAUGAUGCAGGGCUGUGUUAUCGGUCCUGGGCCAAACUUUUAAUUUGUUUUACUUAUUUCGUCUCUUGCUAACCAAGUUAACCAAGAAAACAGUUUUCUGUUUUCAUAUCGUAAGUCAUUCAUUUUGUCAUAAGACGUAUAUUUAACAUAUUUAUUCUUUGCUAUUGUUUAUUGGCACUUAGCAGGUGUUAAUUUUUAAUUCUGGGCCUUUACUUAAUAAGUCCGUUGCUCACCAACAGCAUUUUUUCAUAUUGUAUGUCAGACAUUCCAUUUUGUGUAUUUAAAAUAUUUAUUCUUUGCUCUUUUAUUGUAUUUAUUUUAACAGUUUGCAUGUUUUUUAUUAAAAAUGUUUUUUGUAAAUCAGAUGGGUUAAUGAAAAAGCGCAGGAGUAAAGGCUUUUCAUAACCCCCUGUAAAAUUAAGCCAUAUAUAAAUAUAUGCAAAUAAGCUGUGAGAUUGUGAGAAGCCCUGCGUAUUAUUCUCAGAGUAGUUUUAUUUAUGACAAACCCUAGAGAGAAUUUAAUAAACAAACACAAAAGGGGCAGAUGAUGUGGAGAAUGUUGUGAGUGUGUGUGUUUAUGGGGGCAGACAGUUAUUCCAAAUAUUAUAUUCAUAACCAGUGCAAAGAUUGCGUCUUGGGCAUUUGAAAUCACUGCAUAUCAAAUGCAUUAUGAGAAAUGUAUGUUUCUUCUAAUAUUUGGUUGGUAGUUUUUCAGUGGUUUGUGUUUUUCUUUGUUUCUCUUUGAUUUAAUUAUUUGACUUAACAGUUUGCAUUUUUAUUGUGCAGUGAUGCUCAAACGAGAAAAUAAAAUUCAU